CUCGUGUCGACGCUCCAUAUAUUCAUCUGCUCCGAAUCCCUCCCUUUAAUAAGUUUACAGGCUGUGGUUUGCUCUAAACCACCUGUUUUGCUUUAAUCCCGAACUGGAGGCUUAAGAUGCGGGAAUAAACAGAGAAAGACAGGGUGAUGUCCUGCUCUGUUGAACAUCGGCGGCUUCAUUCUUCAUCAGCCACAAACUUGCGCUUUUCUCCUGCCGGUUAUAAGGGACGCGUUUAAACCUCUGGGAUUUGCGCGUUAAUUUAUCCGACUUCACUGAAUCAAUGCGCAAAGAAAAGCGUUUUAAAAAGCCAAAUCAGGAUUCUAGCUAUAUAAAAGAAGUGCAUUUUUCCUCCCCUCGAGUACAUAAAUGGGACUGAGAGGAGACUGAUGCUGAGCAUCAUGCACUGCGUUCCGAUGAGGUGAAUGGGAGCAAAUCCGACAUGAAUGAGGAGAACCGGAAAAGUAAUGGGUACUCCAAAGAGGCAGAGGAAGGUGGUGGAGAAGAGGAGGAGGAGGAAGAAGAGGGUGGAGGAGAGGGGGGUGAGAGAGAAGAGGAUGAGGAGGAUGAUUGGGAAGACGGUGGAAGGCCGAGGAUAAAUCGCACAGACACACUCAACUCUAACACCAGCUCAACAGGGACACAGAGGAAGAAGAGCCAGCAUGGCAAGAAGCAGGUGCAGGGCUCCAACCAGGUGCAGCGAGCGCCAAGAGCUCUUUUUUGUCUUAAGCUCAACAACCCCAUUCGCAGGGCUGCACUGUCGAUAGUCGAGUGGAAACCUUUUGAUAUCUUUAUUCUCCUAGCCAUUUUUGCUAACUGUGUGGCUCUGGGAGUAUCCAAGCCUUUUCCUGAGGAUGACUCCAAUGCUACUAAUCAUGACCUGGAACAAGUGGAGUACAUCUUUCUGAUCAUCUUCACUGUAGAAACCUUUCUAAAAAUUCUGGCCUACGGUCUGGUCAUGCACCCCAGCUCCUACAUCCGCAACGGCUGGAACCUGUUGGACUUUGUCAUCGUCAUUGUGGGGUUGUUCAGUGUAGUGUUGGAGACAGCAACCAAUAAAUCUGGGGAAGCACACCACAUGCCAGGGAAGCCAGGGGGCCUGGAUGUGAAAGCACUCAGAGCUUUCAGAGUGUUACGACCUCUCAGACUUGUUUCAGGAGUGCCAAGUUUGCAGAUUGUGCUAAACUCCAUCAUGAAAGCUAUGGUUCCUUUACUGCACAUCUCUCUUCUUGUCCUGUUUGUCAUAAUUAUCUAUGCAAUAGUUGGCCUGGAGCUCUUCAUCGGCCGCAUGCACAAGACAUGCUACUUUAUCGGCACAGAUGACUUUGCAGAUGAUGACCCAGUUCCGUGUGCGUUCACCGGUCAUGGUCGUCAGUGUAUCUUAAAUGGCUCAGAGUGUAGAGGAAAGUGGGAGGGGCCAAACGGAGGCAUCACUAACUUUGACAAUUUCUUCUUUGCCAUGCUGACAGUUUUCCAGUGCAUUACGAUGGAGGGCUGGACCGAUGUUCUUUACUGGAUGAAUGAUGCUAUUGGUUUCGAGCUGCCCUGGGUCUACUUUGUAAGCCUGGUCAUCUUUGGAUCCUUCUUUGUCCUCAACCUUGUAUUGGGUGUGUUGAGCGGUGAAUUCUCUAAGGAGCGAGAGAAGGCUAAAGCACGUGGGGAUUUUCAGAAGCUACGGGAGAAGCAGCAGCUGGAGGAGGACCUGUGUGGCUAUAUGGACUGGAUCAUGCAGGCUGAAGACAUUGAUGAGUUUAAUGAGGACGGAAACAGACGUGUGACCCUACGUGACCUGGCUGACAAAAAGCGAGGAAAGUUCAGCUGGUUCACCCACUCCAACGAGACCCACGCAAGUCUUCCGGCGAGUGAAACAGCCUCAGAGAAUACAGAAAAUAUUGAUGAAGAACACACUGACUGUUGUGCUGCUUGCUGUGCUUGGAUGAUGAAAAACCCCUGCUGUCGCACAUUGCGCCGGUGGAACCGUGGCGUUCGGAGAAACUGUCGAAAAGCAGUGAAAUCUGUGACAUUCUACUGGUUGGUGUUGAUUCUGGUGUUUCUCAACACAGCUCUUAGCGCAUCAGAGCACUAUAACCAACCAGUCUGGCUCACUGAAGUGCAGGAUAUUGCCAACAAGGUGCUUCUGUCUCUUUUCACGGUUGAGAUGUUGCUGAAGAUGUACAGUCUGGGGCUGCAGGCUUACUUUGUAGCCUUCUUCAAUCGUUUCGAUUGUUUUGUGGUGUGUGGAGGAAUCCUGGAGACUGUGCUGGUGGAGAUGGAGAUCAUGCCACCUCUUGGCAUUUCUGUGCUGCGCUGUGUUCGGUUGCUUAGGAUCUUCAAAGUCACACGUCACUGGACAGCUCUGUCCAAUCUGGUAGCAUCUCUACUAAACUCUAUGAAGUCCAUUGCAUCUCUGCUGCUGUUGCUUUUCCUCUUCCUCAUAAUCUUCGCUCUGCUGGGGAUGCAGCUGUUUGGUGGCAAGUUCAACUUUGAUGAGACACAAACGAAAAGAAGCACAUUUGAUGCUUUUCCCCAGGCUCUUCUCACCUGCUUUCAGAUCCUAACAGGUGAGGACUGGAACAUGGUGAUGUAUGAUGGAAUUAUGGCAUAUGGAGGCCCUGUGUUUCCUGGCAUGAUUGUGUGUCUGUAUUUUGUCAUUCUCUUCAUCUGUGGUAACUACAUCCUACUGAAUGUCUUCUUGGCUAUUGCUGUGGACAACUUAGCAGGGGCAGAUGGAGAUGACAAAAAGAAAGAAGAAAAGAAACAGGGAGAGGAAGGCGAGGGAGAAAGAGAGAAUACAGAGGCUAAGAUUGACAUGGAUGAAUAUGAGGAAGAGGAGGAGCAAGAUGAAGGAGAUGAUGAAGAAGGAGGGACUCAGCUGAAUGUAGCUGAUUUUACUCCUCCUAAAGAAAAAGUUGUGCCAAUUCCAGAAGGCAGUGCUUUCUUCUGCCUCAGCAAGACCAACCUAAUAAGAGUAGGCUGUCAUACUGUGAUCAAUCAUCACAUUUUUACUAAUCUGAUCCUGGUAUUCAUCAUCCUCAGUAGUAUCUCUCUGGCUGCUGAGGACCCAAUCAGAGCACACUCCUUCAGGAAUAAUGUCCUGGGCUAUGCUGAUUAUGCUUUCACCUCCAUAUUCACAGUAGAAAUUCUUCUCAAGAUGACGGUCUAUGGGGCGUUUUUGCAUCAGGGCUCAUUCUGUAGGAACUGGUUUAAUCUGUUGGAUCUUCUGGUUGUCAGUGUGUCUCUGGUUUCCUUCUUCCUACACUCAAGUGCGAUCUCUGUAGUGAAGAUCCUGAGAGUGCUGCGAGUGCUCAGACCCCUCCGAGCCAUCAACAGAGCCAAAGGUCUAAAGCAUGUGGUCCAGUGUGUGUUCGUGGCUAUACGGACCAUUGGGAAUAUUAUGAUUGUUACUGCUCUGCUUCAGUUCAUGUUUGCAUGCAUCGGUGUUCAACUCUUUAAGGGCAAAUUUUAUCGCUGCACAGACGAGGCAAAGCACACACCCGAGCAGUGCAAAGGCACAUUCGUGAUCUAUAGAGAUGGUGAUGUGAAUCACCCCUUAGUACGGCAGCGCAUCUGGCACAACAGCGAUUUUAACUUUGACAACGUGCUGAUGGGCAUGAUGGCCCUGUUCACUGUGUCCACCUUCGAGGGCUGGCCCGCGCUUCUCUACAAGGCUAUCGAUGCCAACUCAGAGAACCACGGCCCUAUCUACAACUCUCAUGUGGAAAUCUCAGUCUUCUUCAUUGUCUACAUCAUCAUCAUUGCUUUCUUCAUGAUGAACAUCUUUGUGGGUUUCGUCAUCAUCACUUUCCGGGAGCAAGGAGAGGCUGAGUUUAAGAACUGUGAGCUGGACAAGAACCAGAGACAGUGUGUGGAAUUUGCUCUGAAAGCACAGCCACUGAAGCUGUACAUCCCAAAGAACCCAGUGCAGUAUAAAUUCUGGUUAAUGAUCAACUCCACAGGGUUUGAGUACAUCAUGUUUGUGUUGAUUCUCCUCAACACAGUCACUUUGGCUGUCCAGCAUUAUGACCAGUCCAAACUCUUCAGCUACGUCAUGGACAUCCUCAACAUGGUCUUUACAGGCCUCUUCACUGUGGAGAUGAUUGUCAAGUUGUUGGCCCUCAGACUCAAGCACUAUUUUACUGAUGCUUGGAACUCCUUUGAUGCUCUGAUUGUGGUCGGGAGUGUGGUGGACAUUGUGGUGACAGAGUUUAGUAGUUCAGAGGACAGUUCUCGGGUGUCAAUCACCUUCUUCCGUCUGUUCCGUGUAAUGCGAUUGGUUAAGCUGCUUAGCAAGGGGGAGGGCAUUCGCACCCUGCUCUGGACUUUUGUGAAAUCUCUCCAGGCCUUGCCUUAUGUAGCUCUACUCAUUGCCAUGAUCUUCUUUAUCUACGCUGUGAUUGGUAUGCAGACUUUUGGGAAGAUUGCUUUGCAAGCCCACACACCAAUCAACCGUAAUAACAACUUCCAGACGUUUCCCCAGGCAGUGUUGUUGCUCUUCAGAUGUGCUACAGGUGAAGCGUGGCAGGAGAUCAUGUUGGCCUGUCUUCCAGGGAAGCGCUGUGAUGCAGAGUCAGACUUUGAGCCUGGAGAGGAAUUCACAUGUGGCAGCAAUUUUGCCAUCAUUUACUUCAUUAGCUUCUUCAUGCUCUGCGCUUUCUUGAUUAUUAAUUUGUUUGUUGCUGUCAUCAUGGACAAUUUUGACUACUUGACACGUGAUUGGUCAAUUCUGGGGCCACAUCAUCUUGAUGAGUUCAAAAGGAUUUGGUCAGAGUAUGAUCCAGAAGCCAAGGGUCGAAUAAAGCACUUGGAUGUGGUGGCUCUGCUUAGGAGGAUCCAACCUCCUCUGGGAUUUGGAAAACUUUGUCCCCACCGUGUGGCCUGCAAGAGACUGGUUGCUAUGAACAUGCCCCUGAACUCGGAUGGCACAGUGACCUUCAAUGCUACUCUGUUUGCCCUAGUCAGAACUGCCCUGAAGAUUAAAACUGAAGGUCACCCAGACCAGGAGAAUUUGGAGCUGAGGAUCAUCAUUAAGAAAAUCUGGAAGCGCACAAAACCCAAAAUCCUUGAUGAGGUUAUUCCUCCUCCUGCUGAGGAGGAGGUGACUGUGGGUAAGUUUUAUGCCACAUUUCUGAUUCAGGAUUACUUCAGGAAGUUCCGUAAGAGAAAGGAGAAAGUGGGUCUGGGAGACCCAGACCCCAAAAGGCCAUCAGCUCUACAGCUGUGUCAGGCGGGUCUGCGCACCCUGCAGGAUCUUGGGCCAGAGAUUCGCCUGGCCAUGAAUGCAGACCUCGAGGAGGAAGAGGAGGACCUGGAGGAAGAACAAGAAGAGAAUGAGAAUGACAAUGGCUAUGUUGUCAACGCUGAGUCCUCAGACCACCGGUCCUCUGUGGUCUCCACGCCGACGGGUUCAUCCGCUGCUGUGUCUGGAGAAGGCUUCUCCAAUGGAGGUCUAAGUCACAGGAAUUCACUAACCAGAACACCAAAUGGCAGUGGCAUCCUAGAGCAGGAGAAAUUUAGAAGAGGAGAAAACAGACGCUCCUCCCUCUAUUUCCAGCACAAGAAUGGUGUGAUUGACCAGCCAUCAAAGAGAGUUUCAUAUUACAAGCAUCCGCGGAGAGAGUCAGUGGACCACUUUGGCUCUUCUCUCUCACGAAGUGUGGAUGGAGAGGAGGGGUACCAUCGGGAGCAGAUUUUCUACAGGAGGGAAGAGGACGAGGAGGUCAUAGCACCCAGAGACAGGCAUGGCUACCCAGAUGAAGUCCCCAUUCAUUCUAGCCAUCGAGCUCAUGGGUAUGAUGGACAGCCUGCCUACAGUAAUCAGUAUGGCAGCAGUUAUGGUGAGGCCAGAAGGUCAGCCAGAAGACGACUCUUGCCUGCAACCCCCACCGUCCGGAAGUCAUCAUUUACCAUCCAGUGUCUGAGAAGACAGGGGAGCAGUGAUGAUCUCCCCAUUCCAGGCACCUACCACCAAAAUUUUCCACCAUGUAGAGCACGUUCACAGGCAUAUGGCAGUUAUGACUCACGCCGCAGCAGCAGCCGUUCUUCCACAGGCUCCACGGCCUCCUGGGCAAACCCCAGCCCCCGCCGCAGUCGUCUUCUUUAUGCCCCCCUCAUACUAGUGGAGGAUGAGAGGUCAGCUGGCACAAGUAGCGUGGGCCUUUGGGAAAAGAAGGCAGAGGAUGAUACAAGUGUGCCUGUGGCAGGGCGAACGGGUCAGCCUUACAGGGCCUACACCACCCUGAGAGUGCCCACACAACUCAGCCCGCACUACAGCGAGAAGAGAGGCAGUGCUGACAGCCUGGUGGAGGCGGUACUAAUAUCCGAGGGCCUUGGCCUGUAUGCAAAGGACCCCAAGUUUGUUGCCUUUGCCAAGCGGGAGAUUGCAGAUGCCUGUCACAUGACCAUAGAUGAAAUGGAGAGUGCAGCCAGUGACCUGCUAGGUCGAGGCAGCACAGGGAGCUCUGGAGGCGACUUCCUCAAUCACACAGACUUGGGAGGGCUCUACAGUGAUGAGGAACUUGUCAGGAGCCAUGAUGAGGAUGAGCUUGCUGAUGAGAUGACAUGUGUUACCUCCUUCUGACUGUCACAUCCAAAAAAACAGUCAGAAAUAUAAUGGGUGGAGAGUCAAGGAAGCAGGCAGGCCUCUUAGAUUCUGACAGACAGGCAGAGGUUUGAAGCUGCAGGUUAUACAAUCAAGGUACAGGUCCAUUUGGUUACUAAAAAUUAAAUAUAAUGGUGUAUUUUAAGGUAUACAGAUGAAUCACAGAUAGACUCUUUUUUUUACUGGACUUCAUGUUGAAUAACAUUUAUACACAGAGUUGCCAGCAUGCUAUCUACACCAAUUGAGCAGUAUGUUGGACCUCCGUGGGCCAGUGUAAGAAUUCUAUAAGAUGCUUGCAAAGAGCAGGGGAGCACAACCUUGCUCUAGCCUUUCCCCUGCAUCACUCUGAGCCUGGGUUGGGUUCUAAGGUCUGUGCAGCUCAUUGAAGCAGUGAAACUCACAGUCUUGUUCAUGGAACCAUGUGACAAUAAGUGCCUUGAAACAGGGUUCCUUAUCAUCCCAGAAGUGUCAACGUGACAGUGUGUAUAAACUAUAGUUAUUAAGGUGAUGCCGUUGUUCCUCGAUGAUAUCAAGGGCACUGAUGUGCUGUAAAGGGGACAUUCACUAAAUUCAUGCCCAGUACAGUUUGCAGUCCAAUAUAAACAGAGGAAAGAAAUGCUGGUCUGCCUGACAUCACAUGAUGUAUGACUUACUCGAAUUUACAUGUGUAAAGGUGAAAGAUUUGUACCUACUAAAGUGGCAACUUAAAUGUAUAUGUUGUUAAAUAUGUUUUUACAUUCUGUAUCAUAUUUGAACAAAUACAUAAAAGGUAUAAAUAAAUUCUGCUGCUUAUCUAAUACAUAGCAAUACUUUAUGUAUAAGAAAUCCUUGGAUCAUAUCUCUGCACAUCAUUUCCCACUGUACAUGACUGUACAUUUUUCUGCUGUGGGUUUUUAUUGGACUCUUCUUUUCUAUUUGACUCAUCUUUAGUGUAUGAGACCAGACAAAUCUGAACCAAGCACAGCUCAGUGUUAUUGUUUAUUUUAUUUAAAUUGAUUUUUAACUUCCUUAAUUGACUUAUUCUUUAACUUAUUCUUCACAGUUAGGAAUACUUUACACGUAUUUUUUUCUGAACAGAACUCAAGCUAGCUAUUUAUUUAUUUAUGUAUGUAUGUAUGUAUGUAUGUCUGUAUUGGCAUAUGUCAGACUUGCUUUGAAUGUGAAUGGUUGCCAUGUUUAAUUGCAGGUUCAGCAUUGAAACAGUUACCUGAAAUGAAUUACAAAGAGAUAUCUAAAUUUCCUUCUUUCUGUUUGAAUUUCUGCAUGCACUAUAGGCCAAAACUUUGAAAAAAAAGGGAAAUAUUUAACAUUUCAAAGUAUUUCCACCUUGUGUCCAGUGUUCUACAAUCCACUGCGAUCCUGACCAGAAGAAAACUACUGUUACUUUACUGAAGCUGAACCAAUUAAGUUACUUUGCAAUUCAGUUGAACUGCACAUAAUGAAUAUCAGUAUGCAUUUCAAUGCAUUUAGCUGUGUACUGAUGUAGACGUUUCAUUAAAAAAAUGUUUUGUUUUC